AUGCGAGACCCCUUCCAACUCAAAGUACAGCCAGUAGUACAUUACUCUAUCUCAGUCUGUGUGUUGCCUACCAGCCAUGGUUAGAUAUUGUGACAGAGCUACGGAUACAUAAAUACGUUAAUCAUAUCACAUACAGCACUUGGCGUUCCUGGCUGGGCCCUGUUGCACGCAAGGCGAAGUCAGCAAACGCUACUACGGAGGUCAUACACGAAAUGAACUACGCCUCUUAUCCGCAUCCUCCGACCUUGCUGGAACCCUCAUGAUGCUCGGCUUCAUCCACUUUACUAACUCCAUUCUGGCGAGCAGAAUCCCGAUUCUAGAAUAGGUUCAUUUCCUGUCUACCGGCUUGUUCCGUUUUGGACUUUUGUUAUGGUUGGCGUUGCGGCUACUGCUCUUGCCAUCUGCCAGCUUUCGAUCCCUUGCCCGAGAGUCUGGCGCCCCUAACCUCGUCGACCGUUAUUCCCCCCCACACCACGACAAGAUUGCCUGUUCGGGUAACUCUGGUCCGUGUCAAAGGAAACUUGAUCGACUUCGUCCCAUGUUAUAAAGCGCAACAUAAGCCUUUCUCUCCAAGGGUCUCCAUGAACGGUACUUCCCGCCACGGACUCUGUCUCUUCUCAAAUCAGUCCAUCGCCUAAAGGAUCGUCGGGACGUCAGACCCUUAACCCAGCUUUGCCGACUCAGGAUCUGCCAAAGAAGAGCCUCCGGUUCUCGUCCUUGGACGCACGGCUGGGUGGCAUGGCGAUUCGUUCUUGAGCGAGUGAGUGUCAAGGACUGGUUCUGUCAACUUCAUGGGUUGACCAAAUGGGGACAUUGCAUUAGGCUCUUCUGAGCUCUCCCCUUUCAGAAUAGUCACUUCGAACUGUUCCCAGUUAUUGCCCUUGCUGCCAAUCCCCAAAUGCUCAAACUCGGGCCGUUGAGCUUACCACAGCAUCACUAGCGGGUGUGUAGCAUGCUGUGAUCUCGGUUGCCGCAGGAUCAGGAUCAGUUCAGGGGGUGCCCCAGAGAAACGUUUGGGGGAUACUAAUCGUCUUCCACGUCAUCUCCCAUGCCGAGAAACCUCACUACGUUGCUGUCAAGAGUAAACAUGUUCGAUCGCAACCUCAUAUACGCCAGUUUCAGAUCAUGAUUGUCUGUGUUUAUGUCAUUCAAACACCAUGUCUCCUUUCAACUACUCUAAGGUGAAAACGUACAAGGACUAUCACGCGAAUCCUGCAAAAGACCAAAAUCCUUCUAGUGAAAUGCCGUUCAAAGGAUCUGCAGGCAAUCUUGAAGAUUCGCCGAGAGCAUAUCCUCUUUCUCAAGUAGGACGUCGCAAAGAUAAUGCUGUGGGUUGCGAGAAGAGUCAUGCGUCUGUUGCAAUCAAGUCGAGUUCGACGGCUAAAUAGGAUUACGGCCCGCAAUGUCGUAGAAAGGAAAGAUCGCGUGGAGAUGGUUGUCCGACUACCUGAUCUUGAUGCCAACCAUCUCACAAGAUGUGCAAUUGAUCACCCACACGCGAAAAGACGAUGUUUCCACUGGGUUUGGGAUGAUCUCCAGAUGCACCAUUGUGGCGGAGACACGUUAACUCUGCCAGGCUCAACAAGGCAGCUCAAAAGGGCAAGGGACGAUCAUGGGGGGAGAACCACCCCGAAGUUCAACACUGUCACAUUUCAGAUACCUCCUUGCUGACACCAACAAGUCUUGGGGGCAUUAGCCAGUCGACGACAGCGUUGCAGUCUUGUGAGACCGAAUCUCGAUGCUGGCAUCCCAAUGAUGCGCACCCUUCGCCGCUCACAACAGCCACUCGAUAGUCUCAACGCAACAUCAAUACCAGGGAGCUCUACGAUGUUUGCUGCCGAGCUAUUUAUGAACCCGCUGCUGGAGAUCGCUUGCGACCGACAUAUAACCCUGUUCGUUAUUAGCUAAACCCACCAACGACCUGGAGUGGUGUUGUUUCACAAGACUGCGACUACGGUAGGUAUUCGGACAUUUGACUACAAUCUGCCAUCAUCCAUGAUACACAAAUUGAAAAACAUGCACUAUUAGUCUCGGGAGCAGUUGGUUGGCAACCAGCGGAUGUCGGUCCUGGCCCCCUAUGUGUUUCAUUGGAAACAGCUAUAGCAACAGCCAUACCACUUCAGUUGCUGACGCCUCAAUUCAUCAAAGGGAGAACAUCGGUUUGGCGCUUACCACGGUCCGUUGACGGGAUUCUUCCGGGACCGUUGAAUGUGCCCCCUUGCUUAUGACUGGGAUUAUUUCCAUGUGGCUUACCACGCCGUUUGUGACUAUCAGUCAAAACCUUUCCGCGAAAAACAUGGUCUUGAGACAAUGCAAUCUUGACAAAAGUGAUGAAAACUAUUUGCCAGCCACCUCAUGGCAGGGCGUAGUAAGCAUCUGUGGAGUGCAGUCAAAAGACAACUCCAGUGGCAUGUGGUGAUGGAGAAGGGAAUGGUAUUGAACGGAUGCAACGUCUUGACACAUGUUAGCGCCAACUGCUAUUCAUAGCUGUCGAUCAUCACAGCCAUGGCUUGAAUGCAUUCCGAAGAUGUUUACCUAUGACUGGUGAGCGAAGCCAUAUUCGACGCUGAGAGAAAACUAGUCAUGUUUGGAGAACGAUUGGUACUCCAGUGAGAAAAUUUCGAAUCUCCCAUGUUUGAGUCUAAGCCAUGAAUCAUGUUUACUUUUGUUGGACAUUUUGCUCCCUGUUCAUAUGCGGUUGCUUGCCCCCAUCGUACGACCGUUUCAUAUUGCUUUUUCUCGAU